AUGUGGAGGUUCUACAGCCUCCUGCACAAGAAUGUAGCCAUGCUCCACUACUGGAGCCAGCUGUAUGCAGAUGAAGGUCCAAGCAAAGUAACAGAUCUGUCUUUAACUUCAACUAAUCAAUCCAUUACUGCCAACUGGAAGUUAACUGAAGGUUAUGAAAGAUUCAAUGUGAGUAUUAAAGCAGAUGGCUGGGUUGGCACGUUUAAUCUCACUAACCAAUCAAGUUAUACUUUCAAUAAGCUGCAAGCAGCAGUAAAAUACACCGUCACUGUCAUCACUCUUUCUGAGAAAUCUAAACUGGAAAGUGAUCGUGUUGAACAAUCAGUGUAUACCAAGCUUGUUUCUCCAGGACCGGCAACUGCUAUUGUUCUCAAUCAAGCUGCCAUAAAUGUAACCUGGGAAGUUCCCAAAGAGUUGGCAGGAAACUCAACAAUUACAUAUAAUGUGACAGCUCACUCUGAUUACUGGCAGAAACCUGAUAAAAGCAAUUUAACCCAGAAUAUGUCUAUCAUCUUUAAUGGUUUAAAUUCGGGAACAAACUAUACCUUCAGUGUCAGUGUUGUGGCUGGCAAUGAUAAGAGUGAUCCAGUCUUUGCUUAUGGAAUGACAGUGUCUAAUAAGAAGAAAGUGACCUUUGCAGUGAUGUGCACCAGUGAAAUAUCACUUUACUGUAGCAAGAAUACAGCUCUGGAAGAUAUAAAAAAAGAGCUUGAAGAAAAGUUUCGAAAUGAAUAUAAAGGUGUCUACUGGACACUCAAUACGACUAACAGAAACUGAUGUUGUCGCAGUCUCUACAACAAUAACUUGGAUCACUGCCCUGCGGUCUUUAUACCCAGACUUACUACUGAUAUAAAUAACAGCAAAACAGAAGUCCCAGCCCAUCAGUUAAGUUUCAACUUCAUUUAGUUGCAGUUCCUCGGUUUAUCAUCUUUCUUAUAGAAUUAUUAUGUUGCAUUGCAUGAAUUAUUGGAAAUUUAUAUGUAUGCAUACUUUAUUUUUUUAAAUUAAGAUAUAAUUUUAUUAUAUUUUCUUUAUAGUUUUUAUCUAUAUAGGUUCAUGUAUUUUUUUCUGCAGAAAUGCCUAUUUUUAUUUUUUCUGUCAAUGUAAUGUAUUUUAUUUUUCUAUGUACUGUCAGUUUCUUUAAAGCUGUAAAAUUGUGGACAGACAUAACAUUUAAUUUGCAAUGGGUGUCCUGGCUGAGUGCCCCUUGGUGGUGGGAUGGUCCUAAAACUUUAUGUAUGAAAAUAGAUACUUUUUUAUUAUUGUUAUUUCUUCAUGGUUAUGCAAAAGUUUCAUUUCUUAAUUGUUGCAAAAUGAUAAAUUGAUACAUAUACUGUACACCCUUAAAUGUAAAAUCCAGUGUGCAUUUAUUACAUUUAUUUAUUCUUGUUAAACUGUUGCAAUACUCCAAUAAAAGCCUACUUUCAAAGUUUUGUAUAUAAAGAAUGUUUAAUUAUAUAAGUGUUAACAUAUCCAACCAAAUACAUGUCAAGAGUUAAUAGUUUCAAUUGUAAAUAGCUGAAAAUUAUAAAAUUGGAAUAAUUACUAAAAUUAUUGAGUGUAUUUGGGGGGUUGUGUGCCAGAGUUUAUAAUGUUUGACCAUGAGGCACUAUAAUACAUUUACAAGUUUAUAACAGAGAUUGUAUAGUCUUAC